UAAAACUCGCCGUGUCGGAUCGGAUGGAAUUGCGUUUUUAUGUUUUCGCCGUAGUUGACUGUGUUUGAAAAAACAGAGGGCUGUGCAAACCGACAUACGAGUAGCGAUAAAUUGAUAAGAAGAAACUGGAGCCUGAGCUGAGAGUCUUAUUUGUAUCUUGUGGAGAUUCAAUUUUUUUUCUUAAAAUAAAAACGAAGCAUUCGGUUUCAGUUGGAUAUUGCUUUCAAUAAUCCAAUACAUAUUUUGGCUGGUGACUAGAAAUUCAUCCCUGUGAUAGAUAUUCAGAGGAAACAAUUAGCGCAUAGAAGAUGAACAACUUAUCUGCAGGGCCCUCAUCAAAAUCAAAAGUUGGAACCUCGCAGCCUUCUGAAACUUCAUUUAAGCGAAAGAGAGGAGUCUUUCAGAAAGACUUGCAGCACAUGAUGUAUGGUUUUGGAGAUGACCCUAAUCCUCUUCCAGAAACUGUGGCACUUGUGGAGGAUAUUGUUGUGGAGUAUGUUACUGAUUUGGCGCAUAAAGCACAAGACAUAGGAUCAAAAAGGGGAAAGCUCUUAGUUGAGGAUUUUCUGUACUUAAUUCGCAAGGACCUGCCAAAACUUAACCGCUGUACUGAACUUCUAUCUAUGCAAGAGGAGUUGAAACAAGCAAGGAAAGCUUUUGAAGUGGAUGAGGAAAAACUUGCAUCAAUCGAGUGAUGUAGGAGAACAUGUCAACUUUGCAACUUAACUUUAUAUUAUUUUAUUAGUUACUAGUCUUCGUUUUCACUAGUGGUAAGAUUGCCUUGUAUUCACAGCCAAUGAGGAAAUAGUAUUUUGAAAAAUUGUUUAUUUAAAGGUCUCUUUUAUUGGCAAUCCUCUAAAUGAAAGCUCGGAUAAAUGCAUAUGACAAAUUAUUUUCAAGGC